GUAGAGUUGGGAUUAUUGGCUAUUUUCUGUGCAUUUUGACCAUUGUUGUCUGUGAGGAUCACAGAGCAAAAAGGGGGUGAUAUGCAGACUGUACCUCUCCCCAGAAACUCGUAGCUCACCUAAGAGGGUGUUCUUCAUUCCUUUAGCAACUCAGGCAAUGAUAUGGUAUUGUAAAAAGGGAAAAUUAGGACUUAUUAUAAAGGGAUGUACGUAAAAACCCUGUGAACCUCAUAUAGACAAGUAACCAUAUAUCUUAUAUCCAUUUUCAUUCACUUUUUGUCUGCAUGGUGAAUGAACAGAAGAUUUGUUUGAAAAAAUAUCGAAGUAUGGAUUUUGAAAAUAGCUGGUAUUCAACCUUCUAGGCUGUCUUUCUAGUAAGCGAACAAAGAAAGGGACAAUCAGCAGAAAAAUGGAAACAAACAAAUUCAUUAAAGAAAAGAGAGGAGUAACAGGAUAGGGGAGCUCAGUGCCAUAGAGUCACAAUAGUGGGGGUGUUUACUCUCCCUUGCUCUGCUAAAUCCUACAUGGUGAUACUAAUUACCAUCACACCAUUGAGAGCUGCUCGCCAAAUGUACAGACCAUGGACCAUGCAACGCAGGAGACCUAGAUUCUGUUCCUGGCUUUGCCAUUGGCCUGCUGGGUGAGUCACUUUGCCUCUCUGUACCUCAGUUUCCCUAUGUGUAAAAUAAGGAUAAUGAUACUGACCUCCAUUGUAAAGCUCUUUGAGACCUAGUGAUGACAAGUGCUUUAUAAGAGGUAGGUAUUCUUAUGUUUGUUUAUUGUUGAAAGACAAUACAUAAAGAACCUAUCAGCUGAUUUAUCUACACUUCCUCUUACCGAGGCAGGAAAAGCAGACAUAUUUCUGAGUACUUCUCAGAAUAACUUCCUGAACCAGCACUCCUUCCUAAAUAAGAGAAAAUUCACCCAGUUAGGGCUGUUUGUGAGUGGCACACCCAUGGCACUAUAAGCACAAACCCAGUCAGCAUGUUACACAGUAUUAUUUUAGUUUCCUGACCUUCAGAAAGAUGUAUCAAAGUGCGAGGCUCAGAAGCUUUACACUUGUUUCCCUGAAUCACCCUAUCAAAAAUGUGAUGAGCAGCCUUCUAUCCCAUUUCAUAUCUGAUGAAAAUUGUCCCAUUUUUUCCUUUAAAAAAAACUACUCUUACCUUAAUGUAAAAUCAUAUGUAUUUCCUUACAAGACUCCAGACUACUGCAACAGAGGCUAUUUAGUAAACAACACAAUACAAAAAACCCUAUAUGUACUUUAAAAAAAACCCAAAACGCUGGCAGUGCCUCAUAAAGGUCCAUUUGUAAUGCAUAGGCGCAAGAAGGCAGAGUUAACGUUGGUGGGGGGAACUGUACCCUGAAUUUCCUCAUUUUGGUACAGUUUUCGAUGGCCCUGUUUAAAUUUCAAGCUGCACCCAGCUGUUGUACAGAAAAACCCUCUCGCCCUCGAUUAGGUCUGUGUCCCUGCACGGAGCGGGUGAGGGACGAUCCCCGCCGCCUGCAGGGAGUGAACUAGUCUGGGGUGGGAGAGCCUCGCCAGGAAGAGCAGCUGUGUCAGCAGGCCCGGUUCCUGCCGGCGGCCGGGCUACAGGGCCUCGGCAGAGGCGUCACCUCCCGGCCAGCGCGGGACGGGGUUGGCCCGGCGGCGGGGCGCUGCUGUGGCACGGGGAGGACCAGGUGCUGGGGCCAGAAGCCGCAGCUCAGCACCAGGGGCCGCCGCGGUGGGAUGCAGCGAGGGCGGGGCCUACGCAAUCGUGCCCAGCUUAGCCACUGGGGUGCUGCCACCGUCACAGUCGUGGGGGCGUGUCCUCUCCGCGGCUCCGCCGCAUCGAACCCGCUGACCACGGUUGCAGCGCGAGUCACUCCCACCCUAACGAACUUCCAGCCCGAGAGCGGUGGCCCGGGUUUAAGUUCUGAGGCCAAAGUUCGGCGCAGCCCAGUGACGUUAUACCGAGGCGUUGGGAAGGAGGCGGAAGCUAAGAACCAAAGCGGGCUGCAGAGAGCUACGUAAAACCGCCUGGACGCCGCAGCGCGAGCGCCGCGCUCCUGCUGAGCCCUCUGUCCGCGGCGCGCGCAUGUGGUAGCUCGGUGGCCGCCGCCCGGGUGCGGCCGGAGCUGGAAGUGCGGCAACAUGAGCAGCGGCCCCGGCGCCCCGGGGAAAGCUGCGGGAUCCCCGCUCCCCGCCGGCCGGAAACGGGACUCGGGCAGGGCGCCGGCCCACCCCAUUAUCAAGGACAUUGGAGAAAUUCAUUCCCGACUGCUGGAUCACAGACCAGUUAUUCAAGGAGAAAUACGUUACUUUAUUAAGGAAUUUGAAGAAAAACGUGGCCUCCGAGAAAUGAGAGUUCUUGAAAACCUAAACACCAUGGUCUACGAGACAAAUGACCAAAUUCUCCCUAAAUGUGAGCAGGUGAUGCAUGACGAUCUGAAUGAAGCAUUGAAGAGAUUGCAAGCAGCCAACCAUAGGAUCCUCAGACUCCGGCAGAGGGAGCAGGAAGAAAGAGAGCUUCAGACUGACACGCUAAUGGCUGGUGAAAAGCAGCGUCUAGCCCAUUGGGAAAUGUUCAUGAAAGACCAACACAACAAACGAGCAGAAGUGGAUGAAGAGCACAGAAAAGCUAUGGAGCGCCUUAAAGAACAAUAUGCUGAGAUGGACAAGGACCUGGCUAAAUUUUCUUCUUUUUAAGACCUUUUUCAUUGCUGCUGGGGUUUUUUGUGCCAGUACUCUUUUGCUUCAGACUUAUCAGAACAACACUGAGGUUCUUUCAGAAAGCCUAAUCAAAAUAGGGGUAAAAAACCCCCCCACAUCCUGUUGUAACUAUAACAAAAGUUUGAUUUAAGAAGAGAGUUUUGCAUACCUCCAACUUUAAGUGCCUCUACAAGCUUGUUUUGUUCAAGGUGAUUGGUGUUAUUACUAUCUUAGUUUGUAGGACAGGCAGGUCUAGAAAUGGAGUUCUGCCUUUAUACCAUGGCUACAUCAAUUUAGGGAGUUGCAAACUAGAAUUUCUUGGCUUGUGAAGACAGCCUUGUCUGUGGGGAAGAAAGCUUAAUUUAGUUUUUAUUAUCUCUGUAUAAGGCCACAGCCCUGCCACAGAGAGCAGGUAUUAUAAAUGCAAGCCAUGCUUGGCUGAAAUCAGGAUGUACACACGCUCAUUAACAGUUAUUUUGAGAAAACCAGCAUGUCUUGCAAAACAGUGGAUUCUGAAAGGCUAGAAUGUGUUACUCAGAUACAGUUACAGCUGCAUUAUUAUGAAGUCGAGUUGAGAUAUUGAUUGCCCUCUAAAAUAGGCACCACAAGAGUGGCCGUGAGGGCACAGGAAACAAUGUUUUUUCUCUCUGUGUAACUGGCUCAUGGCUUUCUUGUAGCUUUACACUCCUAAGAAUCUCUUCCACCCCACCCCUGCCCAAACCACCUAAAAGUAACUUUUAAAAGUAUAUCCGUCCUUCCAUUAGCAUUUUAUCAGGUACAGUAUUUACGUUAAGUAUUUGUCCUGCCAUUGGUGCACUCAGUAGGAUGAGCAAUGCCCACCUUAUUGGGACUUGUUACCUAAAUGUGUUGUGAUAAACUUAAUACAGUUGAGGAAAGAUCUUUGUUUUUGUCAGAAUGGCAAGCAGGUAAGUGGCAUUAAAAGUGAAGCAUCCUGCAGUAUUAAUUUGUGUUCUGAUUAACAGGAGUAUUUGCAAGCUCCUGUCAUCACCAUGAUCAUUUCUUUUGAUUUAAAAUCUUCAUGUAAUAGCAAUAUAACUGAAUAACUUAGCUUAAUUAUCCUUUUAUAAACCAAGUGAAAUUAAAUGCAAUAACAGAAUGAAACUUGAUGCAAGCUAAUCUGAGGGACAGGAAGAUCUUUCAAAUAUUAUUUUAAGUACUAUGUAAUAUAAAAUAAAAACAGGUAAAAAUAAACAGAACUUGCUCAUUAUCUGUGUUGGAAUUGCACUAUGCAGACAAUGGUUGCCUGAGUAAAUUUAUGGCUUGGUGUCAAGGCUCCAUUCUUGGCAGCAUGUUGAUAAUGUGAUUAAAGUUAGCAAAGGAGAUGGAAUAAGUAUUUGAGAUUUCUUUCAAUAACAUUGAAUUCCUGCCAAACUGCUCUAUCCGCUACUGUAGGCCUGACAGCUUCAUCAAUCAUCAUCAGGUACCUGGACUGAAAAGAGCACUUGCUGACACUGAAGCAUGGUGGAAUGUUGUUAAUUCUGUUGUGGAUGGAAAAAACAUAGAUGGCUCCAAAGUAUUCCACAUAUAAAAAGUGAGGAGAACCUACUAACGAAAACCUCUAUUGAAUGGAAGGUGAUUUCUGGAAUAUCUCUAAGCUUAAGUACCCAUUCAUGAAUGGAUGCUGUAACUAAGAACCCGAUUUACGUGCUUCAUCAGAAAAACAGAAGAUACUGUUGCCUGUCUUUAGGGUCCAGAGUCUCAAUAGCAUUUGUUCAUUUUAAGGAUUAAACUGAAAACACUCUGUCUUCCACAAAAUGUUUUAAUAAUGAAUGUUCUCAAAGCCAAAAUAACUUUUUGACAAACGUACUUUAAGUCUCAUUUGGUACUGAGUGAGUUUGAUUUGUAUCUUAUUCCUAUAAAAUAAUACAUAAUAUCAGAUCCACUCGGUUUUGAACAAAAAUAAACCUACUGUGUCUCUGAUAUGUCCCACUUGAGGGCUGAUAAAAAUGAUGUAGAUGUUGCAAGACUGGUGUAUGCUGAACAUCUGCACAAGAGUAAGAAUUUUAAGCCUAGGGGACUGCACUUCAUUGGCCAAGAAAGCCUAAAAUAGAUUAAAUGAAUGAUAAUACCUAAGGUUAACUAUUUUCAAAAGCCAGUGGUACUUUGUGUUUUGAAAAUUCCCCCUCAAUACUCGUUUUGUGAAUUUAUGCAUUUAGGAAAUAUUUCGAAGAAAAGUGCUUAAAGUUGAUCUUUAACAUACGACAAACAUCAAUCUGUUUGUUGGCCCACUUCAUUGGGAGACUACAAGAAAAAUAUUUAUCACUAUUAAGUUAUUCAAUAGUUUUAUUUUUUUAAAAUAUAUAUUGUGCUGUAGCUCUUGAAAUAAAUUAACGGUACAUACAACUUGACUUUACAGUGGUUUAGCAAGGUGGAUGAAAAAAUGCUUUGUUCUAAAACUUAAAGGAAAACUGUAGUGCUUAGUUAUAGCUUAGAUAGCUAAAUAAGUGCAUCAUGUAUGUAUGAUUUUAUUUACCUGUCACUCUUUCAGUAUUUGUUUAGUGAAUGAGGCUGUGGUUUAUCACGAGGCUAAUGAUAUUUCUCAGCAGGGGCUCUAUUGGAAAAUGAUAGUAUAGAAUUUGAAGUAUCUCUUUCACUCAUUUGAAGAAAAAUGCAUAUGAAGGGAGUUUCAAAGUUGGGUAGUAAACUACAUAAAAGAAAUUAAAUGUUUAGCCUGGCUUAAAAUGUUUAAAUUCUUAAGAAUUAAACUUUCCAAAAUCACUUUGAAUACUGAUACAACUCCCAUUAAAGUUGGUUUUAAAAAAAAUUCCACUGGACUCUACUGGGAGUUGGAUCAGGCCUUUGACUUUUGCUACAUUUGAAUGAUGAAGCUGAUGUUUGCAAUCCUGCUUUGUAUCAGACUAAGGUGGUAGCUUUCUGCUUGAUUGUUAACACUUCUUUAUAUUUAGUAGUCUGAGUCUAAACAAUAUUGAUUUAUUCUUCUAUGUAACUAGAAGUAGUGGGUAGAAUAUCCUAUACUCACUGGAAUUGUCCUUAAAUUUUAAGAUGAGCUUUCUGUUUUGACACCUACACAGCAAGAAAGCAAUACUUCUACUUGAACGAUGUUGAAAAAACUGCUUCUGCAGUGUUAAUAGCCUGCUUAAAAGUAUUACUUAGACCAUUAGUAGAAUAGUCAUGAUAUUUUUUAUUUUUGUAAUAUUAAUCAACGCCUUGUUUAAAAAAUAAAAUUUAAAAAUCCUCUGUU